AUGAAGCGACAGGCUUCCAAUCAGACACGGUCGGCACUGGAAGCACCCCCGGCUUACGCGACGGACAUCAUGCAGAGGAUGCUGGGCGUCAACUUCGCCCACUGCGGGGUCCUGCGCACGUGCUGCAAGAUCCCCCACGGAGCGCCCGUUCCGUCCUUCGGACUCGCUCCUCCUGGACCGGCCCCUCAGCAACAGGACGGCCCAGGACCCAUCCCACCGGAGAUUCUGGCCCAGUUGUUUCCGAAGAAGCCGGCUUUCGGAAUUCCUCCCAAGCACAACACGUUCGGACCCAACUUUCCCGUCGGACUGAAGAAUCACCCUCCGCACCGCCUGGGUCCCCCCGUGCCGGGCUUGCUACCGGGACCCCUCUUCCCUGCCCCCUCGGUGGGGGUCCUAGGCCCGGUCUACCCCAAGCCCCAGCCGUACCCCCAGCCGCGGCCAGACCUCUCGUUUCCCACGUGCGGCGCUCGCAACGCGUUCGGUAUCCACGGGAGGGUCAAGAGCCUCCACUACCCGGAGAGUGGCGCUGACUUCGCCGAGUUCCCGUGGCACGCCGGCAUCAUGAAGAGGUUGGGACCACAGGAAAGCCUCUACGUCUGCGGAGGCACGCUGAUUGCUAGUCAAUGGAUCGCCACGGCCGCCCAUUGUCUCAAAACGUUACGGCCGCAAGACAUCAAGAUCCGGUUGGGCGAGUGGGACGUGAACCGCGACGACGAGUUCUACGCACACGUCGAAAAGCUGGCCGCCCAGAUCGUGAUCCACCCGGAGUUCUUCCCGGGAAACCUGAACAACGACUUGGCCCUGAUUCGGCUCGACUCGCCCGUGGACUUGAACCUGCCGCACAUUGGCGCUGCCUGCUUGCCCGAACCCAGGGAGAACUUCGGCGGACAUCGAUGCUGGGUCACCGGAUGGGGCAAGGACACCUUCGGCCAUCAAGGCGAGUACCAGAACAUUUUGAAGAAGGUGGACGUUCCAGUGGUGGGACACGACGAUUGCGAAGAAAGGCUGAAGAGGACGCGCCUGGGACCGUACUACCAGCUGCACCCUGGUUUUGUCUGCGCUGGCGGCGAGCCCGGCAAAGACGCCUGCACGGGAGACGGAGGCAGCCCCUUGGUGUGCGAAUACAACGGGCUGUGGAAGGCCGUCGGCUUGGUGUCCUGGGGCAUCGGAUGUGGACAAGCUGGCGUCCCCGGAGUGUAUGUGAACCUGGCCCAGUACAGAGAGUGGAUCGACAGUGUGAUCAGCGGGCUCGGUUGA